UUCUGUGUGGGGAGGAGCCGCUCUCUGUGAGCUGCUAUAGUAAAUCCAGUCAGGGAGCUGAGGAGACUCUUAACUGCUGGGCGUCCAGUAGAACAGACAGACAGACAGACAGACAGACAGUCAGCAGCAGCAGCAGCCGCAGCAGCAGGUGACACAAGUUCUCUCUCUCUGAGCCAUAAAGGAAGUGGCUUUGAAAAAAGGCAACAAUAAAUAAACAUUUUAGCUUCUCUCAUCACCAACUCCAUCUCCCAUCAUGGCGAUAGUCCUGAAGUCCAGCCCUCUGCUGUGGACACGGUUGGCAGCCCUGAUCUUCACCUGUGUGGCCUUCUCUGUGGCUGUGCAUGGCGGCAGACUCUACCACGGCACUGGAGACUUUUGCCUCUUCUGCUGGACCUUCAGCUUCGCUGGGACUCUGCUCGUCAUCCUGGUGGAGCUCUUCGGCCUUCAGACCAGAGCCCCCGUGUCCUGGAAGAACUUCCCCAUCACAUUCGCCUGCUACGCCGCUCUGCUCUGCCUCUCGGCCUUAAUCAUCUUCCCCCUCUACUUCCUGAAGGGCUCCCAGGGCCCCAGUGAGGUCCGUGACUACCGCAUCGUGGCAACCGUGUUCUCCUUCCUGGCUGCCGUAGCUUACAUCAGUGAAGUCAGCAUCAGCAAGGCACGUCCGGGCGAGGUGGCCGGCUACAUGGCGACCGCCCCCGGCCUCCUGAAGGUCUGCGAGACCUUUGUGGCCUGCAUCAUCUUUGUCUUCAUCACUGACCCCGUGUUGUACGACCGCCACGACGCACUCAAGUACUGCAUGGCCGUGUACUGCAUCUGCUUCAUCCUGUCGGCCGCCAUCAUCCUGCUCUGCAUAGGUGAAUGCACAGGUUGCCUCCCCUUCCCGUUUGCCCGCUUCCUGUCCUCCUACGCCAUGCUGGCAGUGAUCCUCUACCUGUCAGCGACCAUCAUCUGGCCCAUCUUUAACUUUGACCCGAAGAAUGGUGGCAUUAAUAAGCGGCCGUACACGUGUGCCAAUGCCAUGGGGCUGUGCGUGUGGGAUAAGCUCAUGGCGGUGGCCGUGCUCUCCGGUGUCAACUUCAUCCUCUACUUGAUUGAUCUGAUCUACUCCACCCGCCUGGUGUUUAUCAGUGCUUGAGGGGAGAGAAAGCAUGUAAGGCCAGCAGUAGGCUCCAAAUAAAACUGAAUUUGGCUUCUUUUGUUUGUUUGUUUUUUUUAAAAAAAAAGGCUGUCAAAACUAUUUUACAUACAAUGUUGUGAGCGAGUGCUUGAAAUUUGCUCUGAAAAUAAAAAUGAACGGUUGUCAGAUAAACAAAAUCAAGGCAGUCUGUGUCACCAAACCUUAGCCAAAUUUGAUUUUGUGUGAAAUAUACUGCCAGUCUUAGGAGCUUUAAAGAGAGGAAAUGGGAGGAAGAGGUUGAGGUCAAUGGCUAUGUUUACAUGUACAGCGCAAUAUCCCCUUAAAUUACAGAGGCCUUCUGUUUGUGUGUGUGUGGGAGCAUGUAACUGUCAAACAUUGAUUCCAGUGACCUGAAUAGACUCAAAUAUGUCAGACCUGAAUGUGCUGAUAUCACACAAGAUACAAAAAAUACCUUUAUAUACAUAUACAUUAUAUUAUGGCUUAUCAUUGCCUGUGGUGUAUUGUUUGUGACGUGUGGAAGCUAUAGACCAAAGAUACAAACAAGUAAACAAUCAAAAAUAUACUAUGUGCAUGUAAACAUAGUCUGUGAUGAGACCUGAUGACAAAACCAAAGACAAAGAUGGUUUAUUGUUGUUGAUUUUUUUUUAAAAUUCGUUUCCUUUAUUUUGUGCAAAAUGUAUGCACGUCAUCUGGUUUUGAUUUGAUUUGAGUUAUAAUAAGUUAAAGUUGAACAGCUGUACGGAGCCAGGAGAAUAUUUAAAUUCACAAUUGGAAAUCUAAUUAAGACUUUUAAGGAAGUUCAACUUAGUUUCAUUGAAAUAAUUAAACUGUUUGCUGCAGUUUGGGUCGUCGCCUUUACUUUUUUCUUUUUUUUUCACAGCUCCGGUGUUUUUUGAGACUUGAAGUAGUGAUUUUAAGACGGUUUACAUGAUAUUAAGAUGAAUGCUAGGCUAGCUUAUCGCUCCUGUAAUGACAUAUGUAUAUCUGUAUCUGCAAGCUACAAUCCUACGGCCAGAAUAUGUAUACCGUGUAACCCUAUGUGGAAAAUUGUGGAUUUAAAAACCCAAUUAAGGCGGCUGAAAGUGCACUUAAUAUUCAUAUUUUCUAUGUGUUUAUAGUCGUGUGCGUCUCCAACAUCAAAGCAUCUGUAAACUCACACUUCUUAAACUGACAAAAUGUUGAUUGGGUUUAGUGUUGCUGUAAAAACAAAGGCGAAAAAAACACCUUUCCAUUUACGUUGUUGUAUUCUCAAACGUUUUAUUUUAUUUUAUUUUAUUUUAUUUCACUGUUCUUGUUUCAUGUUAGCUCGCCACAUCAGUGUUAUAGGGAAAGAUAAUCCAGAGUUUCAAUAAAACCACAUGGUAAACAGA